AUGGCUGUGAUCGAUUCAACAAAGAUGAUGAUGAAGGCGGAAUGAUGUUGAAAAUGAUGUGGACUGCCUCCGUCGCAGAGAAAAGAAAACACACUCUUACCUCAAAAUAACCUCUGCUUAAUAGUUGCAAACGCUCCCAACAAGAUGAAGGGAUUCACCAACCUGCUUCUUAACCUGCUACUGCUGGUCGGUUCCACCAUGGCUUUCACCGUGCUCACGCCGCCAUCUACCUCCAACCUCCUGGGAUCCAACCAACACCAGUUUCCGGAAUCAGCUACCCGACUGUACAUGUCCGAUCGAGAAAAAACCAAGAGUCGAAAGAAGGGACUCACCACAAUCACCAUUGACAAGACGGAAACUCAGGCCGAAGAACAAAAGAAAAAGGAAGAAAUGUGGCGUGUGGUGCUGCACAAUGAUGAAGUACACACUUUCAACUAUGUGAUACGGUCUCUUUGCAAAGUUAUCGGAACCUUGGAUCGAAAGGCUGCCUUUGAAAUUUGUGUACAGACGCAUGGGAUUGGAAAAGCUACCGUCACCAAGACAUGGAAAAAACAAGCCGAGCAGCAUUGUCUGGGAUUGCAGAGACAGGGAUUGACCGUCAGUAUUUCACCCGACAAGGACUUUGAUGGUGGUCACUCGGGUGGUGGACUGUAGAAAGAAAUGUUGCUAGAUAAUAGUAAUAAAUAUGCCAGUAAAAGCAUCGAAGGAACUCGAAACGGUGAUACAUACAGCAGGAUCUUGCUGCUGAAGAGACACCGGGGAGUGACUCGACUCUUCGUCUA